GGGUGGGGAACAGAACCGUAAGAGGAAAAUAACAGGGAGAGAUAGGGACACGGCUUCACUGCCAUAGCGUGCAGAGGUUCAUAACAUAGGCGAACCCUUUUUACAGUCCAGUUUUCACUACUAUCAAGGUAUUGUUGUAUAUAAGUAUUCCGUCACUCGUCGGGAAUCGGAGCAUUUUAGCCAUGCUUUCACGCGGUCUCUCGACCCCGAUCAGAUCGUUCAUCGAUCCAGGUGAUAAUCAGUGAUUCAGUAGCGGCGAACUCUUCCCCACUACAAUUCGUCGCCAAACUCCUCUCCCAUUUUUUCUCUGUUUCCUUCUGAUUUUCCCAGAAAAAGAAAAAAAUCACCCGACGAAACAUAUUCUGAGAAAUCUACGACCAUGUCGAAGGAAUUCAACGUCCCGCCGGUGGUCUUUCCCUCCGGCGGAAACCCAGGGCCCUCCGCACAGACUCGCCGACCCACGGCGCCGUUCCAGCCGCCGCGUUCCGCCAGCCCUAGCAUCCCUUUCAUGUCCUUUGACGUGGGCUCAGCCGCCGCCGCCGCCGCCUCCGCCACGUCCACCUCCUUCUCCGCCCCGCAGUAUGGCGGCCCCGGCAUCGGCGUUGGCGUCUUCGAGGACGAGCCUCCGCUUCUCGAAGAGCUUGGGAUCAACACGAAGCAAAUCUGGAACAAAACUAUCUCGAUCUUGAUUCCCUUUCGCCUAAACCCUAAUCUCCACGAGGACGCCGAUCUUUCCGGUCCGUUCUUGCUGAUCAUGGCCUUUGGAUUAUUUCAGUUACUCGCAGGGAAGAUCCAUUUCGGGAUUAUUUUGGGUUGGGUGACAGUGGCGGCGAUGUUUCUCUACGCUGUCUUCAAUAUGUUGGCGGGGCGGAACGGAAAUCUCGAUCUGUAUAGGUGUUUGAGCUUAAUUGGGUACUGUAUGUUGCCCAUGGUGAUUCUAUCGGCUUUCUCGCUCUUCGUUCCGCAGGGUGGUGUGGUGAUUUUUACCGUGGCGGCGGUUUUUGUGAUAUGGUCAACGCGGGUUUGCACGAGGCUGUUGGUUGAGCUUGCUUCGUGUGGGGACGAGCAUCGUGGGUUGAUUGCGUAUGCAUGUUUCUUGAUUUACACACUGUUUUCGUUGUUGGUAAUAUUUUGAACAGAAUUGAUGGUAUUGCUUGUGGGUUGAAUUGCGUUUUUAGGUUCACCAUAGUUUGCUGUGUCUUACCAUGUCACCUCAGAUCAGUCUUAAUAGCUUCUUGUUUGCCAUGAAGCUCAUGCAAAUGCAACUUUUUCUUUAGUAAUUUUCUGGAUUAUUAGACCCAUACCUUAGUGAAUCAUUUUAGCGGGUUCUCUUACAAAUGAAAAUUACUUUCAGAA